AUGCCCGAUUUUGAAGAGGAGAAAGAAAAAUUGUUGAGUUUUUAUCGGGCCCCGAAUGAGACAGAGUUUUUCAUUUAUUUGGGAUACCUAAUUCAGAGAUAUAAUGGCACUUUACCUGGACAUAAUAUUCCAAACAGCGUGGUCAGCUGUGGAAGCUUAUGGGCAGGCAUUAUAGGGAUGUUGGCGAUGGGGAUGGCAACCGAUCCUUAUAAAAUUCUGAAAUACGCGAAAAAGCCAAUAGGUCCACUGAUUGGGAUGAUUUGUCAAUUUGCGAUUAUGCCGAGCAUUGCUAUUGUCUAUCUAGCUGCAAUUGAUAUCGGUACAUACGAGGCGUUGGUUAUCAUGCUCUAUUCUUGCUCCCCUGGUGGAGGGCUCAGCAAUUUAAUAACUUACUACAUGGGUGGCGACUUGGAUUUGUCAGUAACGAUGACAAUGCUGUCCUGUACCCUAGCGCUUGUCCUUACACCUGCCUGGAUUCACGUGGUGACAAGAGUUGUUCAUUCGGCAGAUGAACUCAAAACCCCUUACGAUGAGAUUUGGAAAACAAUCGCCGCUUUGGUUAUUCCUGCAUUAGUCGGUUCGUUUUUCAACUGGUUAGGACAGAAACGAAAAUUCAGCGAGAAACUGCGAAUUUUGACCAAUGUCCUCGCAGGAUCGGCGUUAGUAGGCCUUAUAGCAUCGUUGAUCCUUGGCAUUUUUAAAUUCUAUCUGACAGCGAUCAUAACACAGGCGCAGCUGAUUUACACCGCUUUGGUGCCAUUCGUCGGGUUCGCCAUCGCAGUUGUUUUGAGCUUUGUGGUGGUUUCGAUUUUGGAGAUAUUCGGAUCGACUCCGAACAUGCGGUCUUUGCAGCACUUGACGAUCGGGGUUGAAACAGCCGUUCAAAGUGCAAGGAUAGUUAAUGUCAUAACACUCGCUCUUUAUAAAGACAAAAUUCGGCUUUCGGAAAGCGCAGAGACCAGAUACUUACGAGAUUUUAUCGAGGAAAACGAGAGAAUGAGUGACCAGGAGAUCUUGAAUAAGACGCCAGAAAACGACUUCCUCGCGGACUCAUCUUUCGAAUCGUCAUGCUUCGAUCCGAAAGUGACAAGCACAGACAAUGUCCAUCUGUACAGAGCGCGCAAAAAACCAGCCCGCCCAGCACUUGGGGAGUCGACAAAUCUCGUGGAGAAAACGACGGAAGAGGGACUCGACGGGUUAAGUUUUGGAAGCACACAGCAACUCCCUGGCGAUACUCUCCAGAAAACCUCUGAUCUGACUGUGGAAAACUCAGAUCUAAAAGAAAAUUUUACUAUCCGAGAACUUCCGCCGACUCCCGAACAUCGAAGCUGUAACAGGUCCAGCACGCUUCGUCUCUCGCAGCUUCUUUCUGAUUCAAAGCAGGACGAGCUCUCGAGAAUACAGAGGUGCGCAUCGAACGACACUCAGCCGCCGCUUGCCCGGAAUCCUUUCGCAAGUGAAAUUCCACGCGAGAACUUUGCUGAUCUUGCUAAGAAACACAGUUCUACUUUAACGCAUAGGCAAGAAAAGAAGUACAUUCAUGGCGAUUUUCACGCAUACCGUGACACGGACAUGAAAGCUCCCUUCAUCGACAGCUUCGAUAUGACGCCCAUAAGAAAAGCAAAAGGCCACGUAGUACAUGCGGGUGGAGAUGUCUGGUCCAGCACAUUGUCAAGUGAGGCAAGCCAGAAAACCCAGAUUGAGUUAGAUUCGAAGUACUUCCGUCCAACUGCAUCGAAAGAAACCGAGUUGACAGGCAUUUUCGGCGGCUUUGGACUCGCCACACAGUCCGGGGGCUCUUCCGACGAGUUAACACACUCACAACCAAAGCCUGAUUUCGACAUUGUUAACUCGCGAAGGACUAGUGAACAAGAAGAGCUUGGCUUUGACGAUUCCGACUUUCUCUCGGGCGAAGAAGCGCUAAAAAUGCUGGAUGAACACGAGGCUGAGUUCGAGGAAGAGAACAGACUCCGGCUGGAUUCGCAUUUCGAAGCAAACGAGAACGCGAACCAGCAAGAGUUCAGCAUACGAUCAAACGACGGGAACAUCUCCAAGUUCUUUGCCGCUGGAACCGGUGGCCUCGGCUUGGGCGAGGCGGAAUCUCCGACGAAGAGCGCAUUCAAAAAACCCAACGUCCCCAUCGCCUACGGCGGCGCGUCUGAGACUGUUGUUAUCGAUAAGAGAAGGGACACUGUGAGCACUGUCAAGAGUUUAAAUUUUUCUACGCUGGAUUCGACUGCCGCUUUUGACAAGUACCAUCAUGGUUUGAAAGCGAUGGAGUCAGACUCGAGCGAUGAAUCGUACCAGAAGAUCCAGAAGCAACAUGAAAAGCUGCGCGCAGAUGAAACGCUCGGUUCGAUACAUGGAUCGAACGAUAGAAACGACCGAUACUCGAUCGGAAGUUUGAGCUCUGAGAACCUUGGUAAACUGCCGCGAAGUCAAAGUUCGCCCUCCAAAAGCUCGGAUAGUACGAAUCUCCAUCUCGACUCAAUCGAUAGUAUGGAAAAUACGAACAUCGACGAGCUCUGCAGAACGAAAUGCGGCAGUUUUGUGACAUUAUGCAGCAAAGAAGGUGACCAAACACAAGUCGAAAGCACUGUCUUCCAGGAGAAAACUGCGUCUUCUACCUCAUCGAAAGGAAGCCUUUUGACUAAACAGCGUAGGUCUUCGGUGAACACCCAAAACGCACGGACGACGAGGUUUGCUUCUCUUCCUGCCAUCCCUAACUACGACUCGAUUAGCUCCUUUCCACCACAGCCUCCUCCGAUGGGACCUCAUCAGUCAAAUCCCCUCUUCAAAGAAACCAGCAGACCUUAUUCUCCUGCGCCGCUUGUAGAAGUGUCUAACGAGGUCGACUUUGCGAAUUUCGUAUUCACGGGCGAUUCGAAGACUGAAGUAAUCCAUGUUCGACCGCAGACAAAUUGGGUCUCAUGUCGCAUUUGCAUACGAAGUAUUCUGCUCGAUUCGAAGCCGAUUUCGUUCGAGGAAAGUCCCUUCAUUCUCCGUCAAGUCGAAUUCAACCUCACGCAUGGACAGCCUAUUUUCGUUCCGAUAUCUUUCCGGCCAAAAAUGCCAGGUCGCUACCUCUCGGUUCUUGAGCUGCGGUCUACUCCUGUUGGUCAAUAUCAGAACACCCAGGAAAAUCCAAGUAGAAUCAAUCAUCAGGAGCAAAUAUGUGCCGUCAACGUAAUGGGAUUGGCAGUGAAGCCCUGUAUUAAAAUCGACAAUGGUUCGGGGGUGUAUCGCUGGGAAGAAAACGGAAAGAACCGCAUUGAUUUGGAGAACACUUCGGACUUUAACAUUCCGGUCAUAGUCGAGAUCGACUACGGAUAUGAUCUCAUUCUCGAUGGAAGUCCAGUAAGCAAUAUCAUCUUGCCAGCGCGAACUUCUGUCCCACUCCAGCUUGCUUCUAAUGCCGCCGUGCCUCGUGUCGAUUCCUCAAAAUUAAAGGUUUAUCUCGAUGGGCGAGAAAAGACCGCCAUAGAAUUUUGCACAAUCACGCGCCCGCCACCCGUCGUUCAACUCUCUGGGCCCGAAAUCACUCCACGUUUCAACGUUCACAGCUUCUCAAGUUCAAACGAACAGAUCACUAUCCACAACUGCGGCGACUGUUCUGCAAAUAUUAAUGCUAUAAUCGAUGGACCUGUCGCGCAGAACAUCCAAGUCAGUCCUGGGACGGCUUCGAUCCCUGCAGAUGGAGAACUAGUCUUCUCGCUGAAGAUUGUUGGCGAAAGAAGGCUUGCGCGUUCGAUGCACAGGCUGAUUUUAGAGAUAUCGGGCACGGACGAGGAAUUUGUGUGUCCCUUCGACGUGACAGUCCUCGAUCAAUUUGACCAGAGCAAAACAUCGCGUCCAAAACAAGAACGUCAAAAAGCAGCUGCAAACACGUCCCGUCAUCAGAAAACCUCCAGUUCUGUGAGCAGCGGAGCUCCCACCUCUCUUUCCUCAAAUCGAUCAAUUUUAUUGUGGCCUAAAUUGGCGGCUGGUCAACCGGAAUCCAAGUCAGUAACACUGCGGGGCCGUGGUGAUUAUGCCUUGAACUUGUCUGGAUGUGGAUACAAAGUGUUCAUGAAUGACAAACAAGUGCAGAGCGGGGAAAUCCUCAAGUUCAGCUCAAAGAAAGACGUCCUCCUUCAAGUAAGAUGCGAAGCCAGUAGUGAUGAUGACUUGAUGAACUCGAAACUAAACCUGGUCUCCGUCGACGACUCAUCCCUCAAGUCAUGCAUUCCACUCAUUUCGCAAGUAGGAAAUCCCGUAGUGACAGUCAAUGGCGAAACGAAUCUUUCAAAAUUAACAAUUCCCGUUACUUUUGGCAAAGGGUCGUCAAUGCUUUUGAAAAAUACUGGCACCGCGGAAGCGUUCGUUCACUUUCUGCAAACUAAGAACUCUGAGAAAGGCCUUGUUGAUCCACAAGUGGUUAACCUGCGACAGGGCGAAGAGAAAACGAUCGUUUUUACUUCUAGCAAAACGAGCGGCGAUGACGAAUUCAUGAUGUACUCUGGAUCCGCGCGACUCAGAGAAAUUAUGGGAACGAUACUGAACACUGAAAAAGGGGCUGCUGCGUGGAAAAAAACACUUGGCAAGCUGAAUUCUGCAAAAAUAACUCGCUUGAAUUUCGCCUUCGACCCGAAGUUUGAAGCCUUUGAUGACCUGGGAAUUCUGCCCGAUAACUACGUCUCAGUGUUCAACACUUUCCUGCGUCAUCUGACAGUCGACACCAUCAAAAUUAAAUUCCAACCGGUGCCGAAGAAGACUCACACGCGAACAUCUUCAUUGGACUCUGUCCCGACUAAACACAGUGGACAAAACGAAAAUCCGAGCCUUGUCGUCACUCCAUCUUUACUUGACCUAAAUCGAGAAAACGAGUUGUCUGUUAUGGCAUGUGGAAUCUCGCAGCCAGUAAUUAUGAGCUGCAAAUACGACGAUUCGAUGAUGCGAGUAGCACCCACGCGCCUCGAGCUGAAGCCAGGAAAGAAAGAGAAGCUAAUCGUAAUUCCCCUGAACGACAACAAUUGCUGGGUGCAAUCGCUGCUUCUCCAGACUGACAAGGUCUCGCAAUCAGUAGGCGUGCAACAUCUUCGGGCCCCACGCAACGAGCUCGUCUUCUCCCAAAAUCUCGUGGACUUUGGUUCUGUCGACGGGAAGCUAGCAGUAAGCAGGAAGGUUUCCCUCACGAAUAAGGAUGAGGACACAUGUUCUUGGUUCCUUAUUCAGCAAGCAGGGGCAAGUCCUGAGGGUCGAUUCUCUCUCACGCCUCGUGAUGGCGAGCUCAAGCCUGGUCAAAGCGUCGAGCUGACAAUCAGGUUUGCCCCUCCGCGUGUUCCAGAUACUUACGAACAAGACUGGCUGAUCGAGUACCAUAAGAAGGGCGAAGUGGGACUCGCCCGGACAAUGCGACGAAUAAGCUUGAAGACAAAGGCCGCCACGAAGCUGUUGAAGAGCUUUGAGCUAAAGCCAGCUGCAGCUAUCUUCGAUAAUGUUACGCCUGACUCCGGAACGAGGCGAAUGGUUAUUCAGUUGCAAAACAGAACCCAUUCACCGAUGAACAUUACCGCCUCAGAGCCCGAGAUGCCCUUCAGCGAUAAGCAACGCUCGUUCACGCUCAAGCCGCGUUAUUACGUUGAUUUUCCGAUCUAUUUGAAUACGAGCAAUCUUGAACCGCGCUUGUACGAGAGUGAGAUCGCUUUCACCAACCAAGAAGGCCUCACACAAUUUCUCAAACUACGGGCAGAUCUAUCGUAA